GGGUAGUAUCUCCACAGCCCACAAGGGCGUGCAGGGUCGGCCGGCGUCGCCACCGCCCAGAUCUCCCGCCCCGGCCGAGGAGCUUUACCUCUUUUUUCCCAUUACCCUUUUUUUUUGUCUUCCAAAAGAAGUGAGGAAACCAUUUCCGAGCUUUUUUACUUUUAAAGCCAUCUUUCUCCUUCGAGGUCUGCGUCCCCGGGCCAUGUAGUCUGCACAGGACGCGGGAAUCUUGAGCAAUUGCAGCGGCGCUGUUGUUUUCGAACUCUGGGCGAGGGCUGAGCCCGCGGUCUUGCCCCCCGCCCAACGCCCAGGCCAUGCCACCCCAUCCGCUCGCGGAGCCGCGGCCGCCGGGCCUCUGGGGCUGAGCCGGGAGCCGAGAGCCGCGGGAGGAGGAGGCGCCGGCGGCGGAGCCGGAACAGGAGCGGCGGCGGCGGGCAGCGCGGCGGACCCAGUACUAUGGCUAUGUACUGCUAUGCACUCAACAGCCUGGUGAUCAUGAAUAGCGCCAACCAGGUGAAGAGCGGCGGCGGCCCUCGGCCCAGCAGCAGCGAGACGCCCCCGCCGGCGAGGAGGGCCGUGUUGAGCCCCGGCAGCGUUUUCAGCCCCGGGAGUGGCUCCUCUUUCCUCUUCCCCGAAGCCGAGUCGUUGUCGCCAGAGGAGCCCGGGAGCCCCCCGGGCUGGCGGAGUGGCCGGCGCAGGCUGAAUAGUAGCAGCGGCAGCAGCGUGGGCAGCCCGAGUUGGGCGGGUCGCCUAAGAGGCGACGGGCAGCAGGUGGUGACCGCCGGUACCCUCUCCCCUCCGGGGCCGGAGGAGGCCAAAAGGAAGCUUCGAAUCCUACAGCGCGAGCUGCAGAACGUGCAGGUGAACCAGAAAGUGGGCAUGUUCGAGGCGCACAUCCAGGCGCAGAGCUCCGCCACUCAAGGGCCCCGCAGCCCGCGUUUGGGCAGGGCUCGAUCGCCCUCCCCGUGCCCCUUCCGCAGCAUCAGUCAGCCCCCAGGAAGGGUCCUGGCUCAGAGUGAGGAGCGGAGGACAAAGUCCUGGGGGGAACAAUGUCCCGGGACUUCAGAGGUCGACUCCGGGAGAAGAGGAGUGACGCCCAGCCAACGCCUCUCGAAGGACAGAGAGGGAGUAGCACCUUUCCCUGGCCCUGCUGCCCCAGCAGGCUCAGCGGCUCAGGGUCCAGGCGCUUCGGUGAAAAUGAGGAAGCCGGUCCCGGCCGGACCCCAUUGUGGCUCACGCAUUGCUAUGGAAGUUGACAAGAGGGUUUCUCCUCCUUUGGGAACUCAGAAUUACCAAGCUCCCUUGUUGGGGCUGGUCGGAGUGAACUUAACGAUGGCCACAGAGGUGGCAGCGAGAGCCACAUCCACUGGGCCACACCAUCCACAGGACCCUGCCCUCACUGAGCUGUCCGAGAGGGCCCGCGAGCUUGGGGGUGUGUACCCCCGGGAGGCCCUGGCCAAGAGUCAGGGGCAGUCUUUGGGCAGUGAGACAAGUCCGGCCCCAGAGAGGGGCGGGCCCCGCAGUGGAGAGCCCCCUGGGAAGGUGGGGAGAGGAAAUCUGCCCGGUGGCAUGCCGGGCUCCGGGGCGUCUGAAGCGGACAAAAGGCCAGAGGAGAGGACUGUGAACGCGCAAAGUCCGGCGGAGCCCCCUGAGGCCCCGAGCUGGUUCAGGCAGCCCGGAGACCGGGGCUCAGUAGGCUCCGAGGGGACCCAGAGUGGGGCCCUAGUGGCCAGGGAGGCACGGCCGCGCUCCAACAGAGUGGAUGAAGGGUCUGUGUUGCUGGGCUUGCUUGGGGGCAGCAGCUCAGCACAACCAGGCCCCGGGGAGGUGGAGGCGGGGAUUCCCUCCGGCGGCAUGCUGGAGCCUUUGCCCUGUUGGGAAGCAAAAGAUCGGAAAGAACCUCAGUGCCUUCCUGGGGACAGGGUGGGUGUGCAGCCUGGGAGCUCCAGGGUUUGGCUGGGCUCCAUGGAAGAAGCGGGUCUGGCCUGGACGUGUGUCACAGGGGUGCAAUCCGAGGGGACUUGGGGAAGCCAGCCUCAGGGCAGAGAUGCCCACCCCAGCCCAGAGCAGCUCUCCCCAGAUCAGAAGGACAAGGCUUCCCGGGGAGAGGCCUGCAGCCGAAGCAAUAUCCCUGCCGUCAUCAUUACAGACAUGGGUGCCCAGGAGGAUGGUGCCUUGGAGGAGGCGCAGGGAAGCCCUCGGGGCGGCCUGCCGCUGAGGAAACUGUCCUCUUCCUCUGCGUCUUCCACUGGCUUCUCCUCCUCCUAUGAGGACUCGGAGGAGGACAUCUCCAGUGACCCCGAGCGCUGCCUGGACCCCAACUCUGCCUUCCUGCAUACCCUGGACCAGCAGAAGCCCAGAGUGAGCAAAUCAUGGAGGAAAAUAAAAAACAUGGUGCACUGGUCUCCCUUUGUCAUGUCCUUCAAGAAGAAGUACCCCUGGAUCCAGCUGGCAGGACACGCAGGGAGCUUCAAGGCGGCUGCCAAUGGCAGGAUUCUGAAGAAGCACUGUGAGUCAGAGCAGCGCUGCCUGGACCGGCUGAUGGCCGACGUGCUGAAACCCUACGUGCCCGCCUACCACGGGGACGUGGUGAAGGAUGGGGAGCGCUACAACCAGAUGGACGACCUGCUGGCCGACUUUGACUCGCCGUGCGUGAUGGACUGCAAGAUGGGCGUCAGGACCUACCUGGAGGAGGAGCUCACCAAGGCCCGGAAGAAGCCUAGCCUGCGGAAGGACAUGUACCAGAAGAUGAUUGAGGUGGACCCGGAGGCCCCUACCGAAGAGGAGAAAGCCCAGCGGGCUGUGACCAAGCCGCGGUACAUGCAGUGGAGGGAGACCAUCAGCUCCACGGCCACGCUCGGGUUCAGGAUCGAGGGCAUCAAGAAAGAAGACGGCUCCGUGAACCGGGACUUCAAGAAGACCAAAACGAAGGAGCAGGUGAUCGAGGCCUUCAGAGAAUUCACUAAAGGAAACCGGAACAUCCUGAUCGCCUACCGGGACCGGCUGAAGGACAUUCGGGCCACCCUGGAAGUCUCUCCCUUCUUCAAGUGCCAUGAGGUCAUCGGCAGCUCCCUGCUCUUCAUCCACGACAAGAAGGAACAGGCCAAGGUGUGGAUGAUCGACUUUGGGAAAACCACGCCCCUGCCCGAGGGCCAGACCCUGCAGCAUGACAUCCCGUGGCAGGAAGGGAACCGGGAGGACGGCUACCUGUCGGGUCUGAACAACCUCGUCGACAUCCUGACGGAAAUGUGCCCGGGCGCCCCCCUCUCCUGAGGCCACCCUCUGCCCCACCUCGUCGCCACCCUGGCCUCUGCUCCCCCUUGCUUCCCUUCUCCUUCUGAAUUUUUCCUUCACUUCCACCUGGGUGCAAAGCCCUAGAACUGACCCUCCCGAACGGCACUACAAGACACUUUGUAGACGAGAUGAGAUUUUCUAGUUGCUGCCUGAUUGAAGGGCUUGGAGCCCGGGCUUCCAUUUUGCUUUCUCGGUAGGAUCUCCUACUAGCAGAGAAAUGCCCAAACCCUAGGGUUUAGACCUGGAGGUAGGUUCAGGUAGCCGUGGGGUUCCUGGCUCCAGCGGGGACCCUAACAGAAGAGCCCCCCACCCCAAGCCUCUGGGCCGGUUACCCGUGGAGGCCUGCUGCCCCCUGGUGGCCAGUGCCAUUGGCACCACUAUUAGGCGCAGCCGGUUCCUGCCCCAUCCUCUCAGCCUGGGGAUGGGCUGGUGCUGUAAAAAUAGGUGCCUGGUGCCAAGCCUUCUGGUAUUUGGGGCACAAAACCACUGGGAACAGAAUGUUGGCCAUGAAUAAAGUACCCUCUGCUUUAGCAGCCUAGGGACUCCGAGAGAUGCCGUGGUGGCCUUUGUAGGGCUGCUAAAGCAGAGACCCCAUCCAUCCGGUAUUGAAACCCUCCAGCAUUGGGACAGACCCAGGAGCCAAAAGUCCAGAUCCAACUUGACUGUGCUCUCUGACAUUGGCCUUCCCAGGAGGGGGCAGGCAGGAGCUGUGUUCUCCCGUCUGUGACUUUCGCCCGUGAAUUCAGAGGGACAUUCUGCAAACCUGAGCUUCCAGGGAUGCCACCCAACCCCCAGAGCCACUUGUACCUCCCACUCCCCACUUUGCUGUGACAGGGUCCUCAGGGCUGGAUGGCAGUGGGCCAGGGCCCAGGCAGCCCCAGGGGAAACAAGACAGAACCUGCCAAGGACAUUCCUCUCCUGUCCCCUCACCUCCCAACUUCCUGGUGCCAGGUGGUCCACCUGCUACACACCCAGGAUGCUCAUGAGGCCCGGGGUCCCCAGCCGCUAUGAGGCAGAGCUCCAGGCCAGCGCUAAGCAGGGAGGAGGCAGGAAGCUGGCUUACUGCCAUCAGCCCCGCCCCCACCCCGCCCC